GAUCAGAUCAGAGGAAGUUCUCAACCACAGGAGGAGCUGAUGAUGAUUAAAGGAGGAGCUGUAACUAUAUAAUGAAGAGAAAGACUGACAGAAACAGAAAAUGGCUGAUAAUCUGUGUCUGCUGGGACUGAUCAUUCUCUCUUCACUUCUCACAGGUACCAGUGGAGUGGAUGAUGAUCAUGUGUUCAUCAGUUCUGGUGAAAAUGUCCGUCUGCCCUGUAAUAAUGCUCUUUCUGACUGCAAAUCACCUACAUGGAAAUAUAACAGAUUCAGACAUUCAGCAAUUGACCUGAUUGAUGGAGGAAUAAAGAAUAAAGACACAGAGAGACAUGAGAGACUGAGUCUGGGGUCUGACUGCUCUCUGAACAUCAAGAACGUCACAGAAGAAGAUUAUGGAUUUUACAUCUGCAGACAAUAUGUGAAUGGACAAAAACAAGGAACUGAUGCAGGUGUUUAUCUGCAUGUUCUUCAUGUUUCAGUGUCUCCAUCAUCAUCAUCAUCAUCCUCACAGACUGAGAUCAGUUCAGGUCGCUCUGUGACUCUCUCCUGCCAGUUGGAUUUAUAUGAUGGAUUCCCCUGUGUUUAUUGGGUCCGUUCUGAGGGACUUCAUCUGUUGUGGGUGAAUCAGGCUGGUGUUGAUCUGAAGACAGACUCCAGAUAUCAGAUAUUAUUCUCAUCAGAUCACUGUAUCAUCACUCUGACUACAACACUCCUGAAUGAAGAUGACAACAGAGAGUGGAGAUGUCAGCUUACUCUCAGAAAUCAACUCCAGACCUCAGUCAGAUACACUGUCAAGUAUUCAGUCAGCAGCUCAAACUCUGAGAAGAAAUCAAGCCAAACUACAGCAGCAGCUCCUACACAAGAGAAUCAGAAGACAUUAAAUACUCCAAACUCUGAGGGGACAGCAGCUGCUCAAACACCUGGAUUUACUGAACAACAAGAUGAACAUCUGAACAUUCAUCUUCUGAUUCCAGUCAGCAGCUCAAACUCUGAGAAGAAAUCAAGCCAAACUACAGCAGCAGCUCCUACACAAGAGAAUCAGAAGUCAUUAAAUACUCCAAACUCUGAGGGGACAGCAGCUGCUCAAACACCUGGAUUUACUGAACAACAAGAUGAACAUCUGAACAUUCAUCUUCUGAUUCCAGUCAGCAGCUCAAACUCUGAGAAGAAAUCAAGCCAAACUACAGCAGCAGCUCCUACACAAGGUCCAGCUGACACAGCAUCAGAAACUGAAGUCAGUGUGACUGCUGGAUCAUUAUUCAGAGUGAUUGUGAUUAUUGUUGGGAUGGCAGUGUUUGCUGCUCCUACUGUGAUUCUUCUUCAGAUCAUCUGUGCAAGAAGAGCUGGGAGGAAGGACUCGCAGCACCCAGAGGAAAUAGAGAUGCCUACAAUAUUACAAUAAAAUACUGCUGAGUUUGGAGACCAUCUGAAACAAGAUUUAAAACAGCAAAAACUCACAGAGGAUUGUUCAUUGUUUGAUUUUCUUCUUCUCAGAAAACAGAGAAAAACUCUCUGAAGAAAUAGUGACACCAUCAAGAUUAGAUUUCUUUUUGUUGAUACAUUUCUUUGAAAGCAGAAAUUUAUUUCAAUAUUUUAAUUCAAAUGAAUGUUAGAAACUGUAAACUUUUUGGUUACUUUAAUUCAAACUGGGUUAAAAUUCAGUGUAUUAAACAGGCUGAACUAAUGCUAUUGUUAACUGAAAAGAUAAGAGUUAAAUGUCAUGCAGCACUUAAAGACAGAAGAGGAAGUGACAUCAGAAUGAUUCAUAGUCCACAUCAUCAUCAGUCUAAUCUGGUUCAGAGAUGAUCACUGCUCUGUGUGGUUAAACUAACUGAAUUCUCACACUCAACAGUAACAUGUUUCUAAACCUCAACAUUGAGAUCACAGCUAUGAAAACACCAGAACUGCUAUAAUUAAUUCACUAUUUUAGUUACAGAAGUGUAGGAUGUCUAUCAACCAUCAUAAUAGUGUGAGAAAUUCUUGACUCUGGAAUAGAUGAAAAUGUCACUGUAAAACUUCAUACAGACUCUGAGUUUGACUUAAUGAUUAUUGAAUAAUCUGUAUGAUGAUGAUUCCAUAAUCACCAUUAUCAUAACUGCAGAGAUACAACAAACAAAUUACCUUUAUAUGGACACUCAUUAUUUUAUGUUUAGGCUAUGAUUAAAUUUCCUUUAAUGUGUUUGCUUGCUGUAUAGUUUUUGUGUCAAAGUAUCUUUGAAAAUAGCAAUCAUAAGUCCAAUGUGUGUGAAAUUGUUAUUAAAAAAUCUGAUGCAGUUGUU